UCGAGGGUUAGUCUCUUUCUGUUACUACGCCGUGCUAUACGCGCACAUGGGAUCGCUAUCCUUUAAUAUACAGUAUAACCGCCGAAAAGUGUUCGCAUGCGCUUUCUAAACAACAGUUUGUGAAUUAAAACAGUUUUACUCAAUGAACAAUUUUUUCUUAAAUGUCCUUUAAAAACAAUGAUUUAUGUUUGAAAAGAUUUAUUAAAUUUCCAAUCGUCAUCUAACUGCAUGAAUGCUGGAAUAAUUCUCUAGUGUACAAUGCAAAAAAUAUAACUCAAAAAAAAAUUUUUUUUCUAAAAAAAACAAUGUUUAUAAAAUAUUUAUGUGCUGAAACCAAUUUUUCCAAAAGAUCCGUUUUUUGUUAAUGAAGAGUGUUAUAUCUCUGGGAUUAACGAAAUAAUUUAACAUUAUUUUCAUAAAAUUUAAAAAAUACAUUUAAACCCAAUUUUUAAAAAAUAAACUUCAUGAUUAUUUUUGUGAAUGGGAUUUAUGAAUAGUUGAUAGUGUGCAAAUUAUUGAAUAGCAACAACUCAUAAGACUUUAUGUGAAAAACGUGUUUUUAGGAAAAUUGUUUGUUUCUGGAUUUGUGGUGAUUGAUUUUUGGAAAGUCGUUGAAUAAGGAUUCGCUUAUUUAAAUCAAGUAGGGGCAAUAAAUAACAAGCCAAAGUAAAAUGAGAUGAGGAUCUAAACUGAGGAAUAGUACAACAUCAUGAUGAAAAUACUUCUAAUCCUGGUAAUUUUCGUGUUGGAGUUUGAACUUUACUUUAUGGGAAGCGAAGCGAGACAUCAGAAGGAAUCAAGUGCCAAUAAUGUCGACUUGACGACAGAGGAUAAAAACGAAGAGAGUUUAAUUGGAUUAAUCAAAGAGGUUCUUGCUCAAAAAGGUGGAACAGCUGUUUUACCUUGCAAGUUAACAGAUCCCAGUGCAGGAAUAGUCACAUGGGUCAGGCGAAGGGAUAGACAACUACUGACUGUUGGUGCCACGACUCAUUCCGUCGAUUUGAGAUUCAUGAUUAGGCCUUCAAACACUGACUGGACUCUUCUUAUUCACAAAGUAACUCUUGAGGAUGCUGGACUCUAUGAAUGUCAGGUAGCUACCCAUCCUGUUCAACAGAAUUUUGCUCGAUUGAGAAUCACAGAGGCAUAUUCGGAAAUCCCAGGAGCUCCUGAUCUUCAUGUUAAACAAGGAUCGAGUCUUCGUUUAGAAUGCGAACUCAUGUCAGCCACAGAAGCACCACUUUAUGUGUUUUGGUAUCGUCAAGGUCGAAUGAUUAACUACGAUUCAGAGCCUGGUGUUCAAGUGGAACUUACAAAGAGUGGAUCUGUUCUCUUGGUUCACAAUACUAAAUUAACACACGGAGGGAAUUACACUUGUGCACCAAGCAACGCAAAACCAGCGUAUGUUAUGGUACACGUAAUUGAAGAGGAGGAAAAGCCAGCUGCCAUGCACGGCGGAGACAGGAGAAACUUAAGUUCUGCAAUUUUGGCAAGCAACUUUCUUAUGUCCUUCUUGGCGGCCGUCAGCUGGAGGAUACCAACUUUCACAAGCCUCUACCCUACGUGAAAAGUGUGUGCCGUGAAAAGAACUUGAAGAAACCUAGGUUGCAAGACAUUUUAAAUCUAAGAAAAAGCCCUACGGGUUAAAUUCCCUCGGGUAUCAAAGAUCUUCGACGAGUUUAUGGGCUUUCCCAAACUAUCGUAUCGAGUCGAAAAACAGUUUAACUAGAGUAUUCUCAUCGAAUCCCUUAUCGCGAUAAAGUUUAUUUUUUAAGAAUGAAUUAAGAGGGAGAAUAGAGAACUUCAACAAACAUGUAUGCCUGUAAGAAGAGUUCGGAAAACUUGAUUCAAAAACUAAUCGAUAUGUUAGAAUUAAAUAGAGGUUUUAUUCGCAUUGUAUUAUGACAAAAAGACAAAGUGAUAAAAAGUGGCAUGUGUGCCACUAUACUUGCUCUUGUAAAUAAUUCCGAGCUCACGGUAGUGAAGCCUUUUAUAUGUUGUAUAGUUUGCAUGAUUUAUGUAUAUUAUUAAUUUUUAAUUAUAAAGUGAAACGUUUCAUCGUGUCGAAAGGAACAUUAAUUCUCUUCUGCGCUCUUUUUCUCUCGUGAAUAUAAAAAACAAAACUUUUAAGGACCUCUUUAAAAAAAAUUCGUAUUUUGAUCCAUACAAUUCGAAUAUUUUUCUCGUCGACAUUUUAACGACGAUGCCUCUCAACUUCUACGCGUACUCUGCUCUACUAAUUUUCCGAAAGUAGAUGUCAUUGGAGAAAUACUGUUCUGGAGACGCUAUUAGUGUGAAUAAAAUAUGGAAUCAUCCUAAUGGAUAUUAAUUAAUAAAGAAAGGAGAAGAUAAUUAUCUCUUACACAUUUAACGAAUCAUUGCUCAUAAAGAGCAUCAGAAAAGAAAUUCCCCAAAAAUGUGGUGUCAUACUUUACUUCUUACUUUAAAAUGAGAAAAGAUAUCGUGAUCGAAUUUUAAAGCUAAUUAGGGGAGAGUAUACAGUAUUAGACUGUUUUCUUUUUUUUAAAUAAAAUUUUGAAAAUAAGUAUUGGAAAAAUAUAUGAUGUUUUAUAAUUAACGAAAAUGAAUUCAGCUUAACUUACAUAUAAACGAGAAAAGAAUUUGAAACAAUAUUUAAAAGAGAUAUAGAGAAAAAUAACGGAGUGAGCUUUUCUCCUCGGUUACUGUAAUUUCCCGCAAAAUUAUUUCAACAUGCAAAUAAGUGGUGAACUAACGGUGUGAUAAGACUGCAUUAUAAUACAAUUACAAAAGCAUUUAAAUAUCCGUAUCUUAUAAAAUGGGUCAUUUUCCACAAUAUCUUCAAUUAAAAAUUAGAUUUUGUUAGAAUAAUGUUUCUUAAAUUCUGCAUAAAAAAGAAUAUUUAUUUUUUAUUUAGAGAUUUGAUAAAAAUUACAGAAGCUAUGAAUUAUUAAAAUUUGAAGUUCUCAGAAAAUAUGUACGUUUCCCACCAUACUACCUCUAAGAAUUUCGUUUAAAAAAACUUUUAUAUGUAUUUUUUAAUACUUCAAAAAAAAGGAAAACCUACUAAAUUGAGACAACUUUUAAUCUGAAUCUUCAAUAUUCCAGCCUGAUAUUCAUGCUCACUUAAAAGCGAGUAGUAAAAAAUAAGAAACUACUUUUUCGAGGAAUUUCUUCCAGGUGCUCUUAAAGGAUUUAUCAUUUUUCUUUUAUAAAAUUAAACAUUUAUCACUAAAGCAUCAUUACAAAAUGUCUCAUAAUUACCUAUGAUACGUACCGGGUGUUCAAACAAUAUUUAGUAUUUAGAAAAAUUAAACCUACAGAAGAAAAAUUGGUUUCUUUAUUAAAUUUUUGUAUAGCAUUACAUAUAAAAAAAUAGAAAAUCUUUUCAAAAAUAAUUUUUUACAUACAAACUACAUUUUUUGAAAUGAAGACUAUUUUUCUUACUUUAUAGGUUGAAAGUUUUAAAUAAGUUUACAAAAGUUUUUAAAUUGAGCCUGAGUAUUAUUUCAUAAGUUGGUAAGAAUUCCUGAAGUGGUCCCUUCAUUUAUUUUAGGUAAGGAACAUAAAUGAUACCUAUCUAUGCAUAAUCAACUAAGAACAUUCUUUAUUUAUAACACUAAAAAUUAUACUUUACAUUUAUAUUCUAUAUUUAUCGAAAGUAAAUUUCCUAUUUUUGCUAUAGAAUUUUUUUUCAUUAAAAUCUUUUGCCUGUGUAGAAUUUUCUCUUACUUUCCUUACCUACAGCAGAAGUUUAGAAUGUUUUUGCUAGAAAAAAAUACAGGAAACUGUUUAUGCCUUUGCAUUUUUAGUGACGCUCGGAUCUUGAUAAAAAUUUUGAAAGGGAAAAUAUAACGAGAGCAUUAAGAUGCGAGCACCCUAAGAUGACUUAUACAGAACUUUUAUUUGGCAAUCAGUAUUUGAGAUUACUUUGUAUAUAUUAUUUAAUAUAAUUAACAACAUUAAAAAGUCGGACAUACUAUUUAUUUAUACAUACUAUUUAUUUUAAAAAAAAAUUUUUCUAGAACAGUGCAAAAUUUUUUAAAAUUAUUUAUGACUUAAAAAAAUUUUUAAUUUUGAAAAAUCGUUUGAAGGUCUUAUUAUAGAGACGUCAUGAACUAUCAAAACAGAGAUAUCGAUUAUAUUCUAUAUACUCAAAAGACAAUUAAGGGACCACUCCAUAAAUUCUUACCUAAGUGAAAAUUAAUUAUAGAUGAAAGAGAAUAAACAAAAUUUAUUAAUUUAGAAAAUUCAUUUUUAAAUUCCUCAUCUAAAUUACACCCUUGGUGUGCCCAGUUGAAAAAUCUUUUAUAAAAAUAUGUUUUUCAAUAUGAUUAAUACAGAUUAUUUUUGAUUACAUAAAAUAUCAGAAACAAACUUAUUCUAAAUGAUCAAGAGAUUUUUAAUUUCUUAAAGCACUGUUAAUAGUAUUUGACCGUUACAGAAUAAUUAUGUACCAGUUAAACAUUAUAUUUGUAAUGUAGAAUCAUUAUUUUAAAAAAUUCCAUAUCGGUAAGUGGAAUUUUGCAGUAUGAAUUUUAGAUUUUCAUGAAACUUUGUGUCCAAAGGUCUAUCUAUAAUAAAAUAACCAAGUUUAAAAACUAUAAUAUCUAUAAAUUAAACUUUUAUUUUAAAACUCUUUAUCACAUUUGAAGGUCUGUAUGACAAAAUGGUUGACAGGUUAUAACCUGAUGUUUUUAAAGAAGCGAAAAAGCAAAUUUAAAAUUUCUCCGGAUUAUUUAGAAAGAAACUGUCAAUAAGAAAACCGUUUUGAGAUCUUAUUGUUUUACCAAAAGAACAAUUUUUUCAGAUAAAUCUACUUAAGAACGAAACAAAUUAUGUUGUCUGGAGGUUUCUUUGAAUGCGCAGAUUUUCUUUAAUAUUACAAUUGCAAAAUAAAAUUAAUUAAUUAAACGUAUACUUGAAAAACAGUUUGUUAAUAAAUUAAUAACAGGAUUAAAUUAAAAAUCAAAUUUAAAAACGUAAUAAAGAAGAAAAUCCUUUUUUAAAAGUUUAUACAUGAAUUUAAUUAUAAGGUUUUAAAUUUAAAAAAAAAUUAUCCCAUCACUUCUUUUGUUAUGCCUUCUUUCAUUUGUUGUAACUUUAACCAUGUAUUUAAUAUGCUGCAUAUUAUUUAGCAACGAGGAUAACUGUGAUAAAAUAAAAAAAAAUGUCAAAGUUUCUUUUUAAUUUGUCAUUACUUGAAAGAACUAUCUGAGGAAUAAUCAAUGUACCCUAUUUUAUUCUAUUUUCAACUUAAAUUCUCCGCUUGAUAAUUCGACUAUACGUGAUAAUUAUUAUCGGCGAUGAAGAGAAGCCCUUCGAGAAAUCUGUAAUCCGUCGAUAAAAUCUAAACCCUCUUUUGAGUUGUUCCGGAAAGGGGUGCACGGAACUACCACAGUGGUUGCACUUAUAAGUUUUAACACCCUUCAUAAAGCACCACCAAACCAGAAAUAAUUUUUUCCGUUCGGUUGAUAAUUGUGAUGAAAGCGCGGUGAAAGAGAGUAUGCGUCAGAUAAUUUCAUUUUUCAUACAAUAAUUCUCAAAGUUCGACUGCGAUUGAUUUUAUUUUGUCUAUAAAAUUAAGUGUAAACAUAUGUGUAUGAGAGUAUGUUUAAGGAAUAAAUGUGCUCAUUGACAUUAUGCGUGUAUUCAUUGUUCUUGAUAAAUGGAUUCAAUGUACAUAAAGUUCAAUACAUAAAAUGACAGUUCAAAGUCA